AUGGCAUUGAGUCUUCAUCCCGCCGAUUCCGGGCGAUUGAGGGCCGGUGCACUUCCGACACCCCCGACUCCCGCACCUCGCUUCCACCAGGGAGGAGAUCCGGAACGAUGGCCUCGGGAAGCAGACCGUCCAGCUUGGCCGUUGGUGAUUGCUGUGGGUCUGCGGAGAGGCUUUCGUCUGCGAGUGAGAUCGCUGAGCGAUCCAGGGUGCCUGUCCUCCUGGGAACGUUGGACUUGGGAAGACUGGGGUGUCCGAUACACGCAGCGCCGUCGGCGCGAUCCUGUCCCGUCUGGUUUUGCAGCAGCUCCAGCAGCCAAGCGCCGAACUGACCUGACGCAGCGCGCCUGGCACGCGUUGGCGAAGGUGAGCCGAGCGCAAGGCUCUCGUGCAGCCGCCGCCUUGGCCAAGCUGGCAGGGCCCGCCUGGAGCAACCAGGUCGAGUCUGUAUUGAAGCAGAAGUCUGCAGACAUCUCUUUGGUCUUGGACGGGCCCUGCAACCUGAGCAAUGCGUGGACCAUUCUGAGGACGAUGGAUGCGGCUGGUUUACUGCGCCUGGAGCUGAUAGAUAAGGAACGGGAUGCCAGCGUCAACGACUCCUUUGCCCAGGCUCUAAAGGCUCAGCCGUGGAUCCUCGUCCGUCGCUGGCGAACCGCGGCAUCGUGCGUCGAGGCCUUGCGGGCCGAAGGCUUCGCAGUGUGGAGCCUCGCGCUGACAGAGAACAGCCAGCCGCUCGAGGAUCUACUGGAGACCAGGUCGCUCAUGCCGCAUGAGAGACACAAGCUGGCUUUCGUGCUGGGCUCGGAGUUUGCAGGUGUCUCACCCGAAGUGCAGCGCUACGUCGACGGAUCCUGCAUUAUCCCCACCGACGGAAUGUGUGUCUCUUUCAAUGUCGCAGUUGCUUGCUCAGUGCUCUUGGCGACAUUGGACGCAAAGGGGUUUCUGCAGCCUGGACUUUUGGAUGAAGCCCAGGUGCAACAGCUGCGGGUGCGCUGGUUGCUGCAGGCUUGCUCCGAAAGUGAGGCAAAGCAUGUGCUUGAUACUGCUUUCGGCAUUGAAGAUAGCGACGUGAGAAAAGAAGCUCUGCAAAUCACUGCCAGCUUGAGGUGCGACAAAUACCUGAGCUCAAAUUGGGUCCCAUCCGAGAAGGUUGUCCGCGAAAGAGUCGCGGGCGACAGGACGUCGCCUGAGAUCACGGCCUCCACGGCUGCUAGGCGCCAAGCAGAGACCGAAACCGCCGAUGCAGAGACCGGACAAGGCCCCUGGGACUUGUGCGACUGCUUCUUUGCUUCUUUGUUGGAACAUGAUGCCAUAGAUGCCCCGGGAGGCCGUGCCAUUGCGGGCGCGUCACUCAUGGUGCAGGCGGUGCAGGAGGAGUCCUCGACGUCAGAUGCUUCGUCUGCCACGAAGCUGUGCGCAGGUCCGGAAAAAGUCGAAGCAAGCGACGCCGAAGCUGCAUCAGGCGCAUCAGCCGAUUCUCCAGGCGACAAAGUUGCUGCAGGAGCACAAGCAGAACCGGAACCAGGACUGCCAGGUGCCACCGAAGGCCGCGAUUUGAACGUCUUGGAGGUUGCGCGCUCCGUGGACGAGGCGACCCGUGCAAAGGAGCAGCUGGCUCGUGAUUCGAUCGUGCGAGCACGAGACGAGGUGCAAGCUCGAAAGGCAGCACUGCAGGCGCAAAUGCGGGAGAAGGAGCUGCAGCUGCUGGAAGAGGAAAGACGGCUUGCCGGCCUGGAGCAGGAGCUCAAGACGGGCUGCUCCCUGGCGGAACAGAAGCGCGUUCAGGACCUACGCACAGCUAUCGAGUCGCGCGGGCGCGCCGUGCGAACACUCGAGCGCGAGGUGUCUUCAAAGAAGGACGCCAUGCAGAGAGCAACAGAUGCCUACGUCGAGGCAGAGGAGAGGCUUGCAGAUGCAAAGUCCUCGAUGAAGAAGCUGGAAGAGGAGAUGCUUGAGAUCAUCCUGGCAACAGGAAAGGCGAAGGAUGCCCGACUCACAGACCUGCUAAUGAAGGUCCCAGAGGUUGAGAAGGUCGAAGAGACGCCCGCAUGA